AUGGCAAGUCAUCUUUCAGUUGGCUCUGGUUCUUCGAGGUCAAGGUCGAAGGGAAAUUCUUCUUCCCCUGCAAAACUGGUAUGCUACCACAAUGAGUUAGCGCCAUUGAGGACUGUUCGCUACGAUGGUCCUACGAAGGGUAAACGGUUCUAUGGCUGUUCGUACUGGCCUGAACAGAGGACAUGUGGGUUCUUCAAAUGGGCUGAUGAGGUACGUGAAUUGCAAAACAUUAUUGUUGAGAAGGAGGAAACAAUUUCCGAGCUUGAGCAUCAGGUGGAAAUGUUGAAGCAAGAUAUGGAUCUUAUGAGGGAUAAAGUGAAGAAAUUGAAAGCAAAAAAAGGAGAAGUUGGUAGAGGAGGUUGA